AUGUCAAAAUUACUACUACUCCAUUCUCCUCACUUCACUGCUCCAACCCACCUCCGUCCUACUACUCUUCUCCUCACUUCAAUUCUCUCCAAAAAACCUCCUCAUUUCUCCAUCUCUCUCCUUCCUCAAUCCGCCAAACAAUUCCGCAAAAUCACUCUCUCAUGUUCUCAAUCUUCUUUCCUCUCUUCUUCCUCCUCUUCGAUUCACUGCAGAACCUUGUCUGUCCGCGCUUUUGAUUCUGAUGAUUCCAAAACCGGUGAAAUAGAACAAGAAGAAGAGAAGAAGGAAUCGGCGGAGUCUUUUUACGCUAAGAAAAGCGAUGAGGAUUAUCCAAGUGGUGAUUUUGAUUUCCAGGAAAUCGGAGCUUGGAAUCGUUUCCUUGUUAAGCUUAAAAUGCUUAUUGCUUUCCCUUGGGAACGCGUUCGCAAAGGCAGUGUUUUGACUAUGAAAUUACGCGGCCAGAUAUCUGAUCAGCUAAAGAGCCGUUUCUCUUCAGGAUUGUCAUUGCCUCAAAUUUGUGAGAAUUUUUUAAAAGCAGCUUAUGAUCCUCGCAUUUCGGGUAUCUAUCUUCAUAUAGAUGGCUUGAAUUGUGGGUGGGCUAAAGUUGAAGAAAUUCGAAGACACAUUUUCAAUUUCAAGAAAUCAGGUAAAUUCGUUGUUGCCUACGUCCCUGCGUGUAGAGAGAAAGAGUAUUUUCUUGCCUCUGCCUGUGACGACCUUUAUCUCCCACCAAGUGCUUAUUUUUCUUUGUAUGGGUUGACUGUUCAAGCAGCGUUUCUUGCAGAAUUGUUCCACAUGCUCGGUAUGAAUUGCACAAUCACAUCACUUGCAAUUGUGCAUACUACUGAGUCUCACUACUGGAAGGUCGCCAUUGAAAAUGAGAGGUGCUCUAGAAAGAACCGGAGCAGAAUAGGGAUAGAGUUUUGCCACAUUGUGCCUCUAUUAUCAAUGGCAAUUGACAAGGAGAGCACUGCAAAUGAUGGUGUUUUUGAGAACGUAGGAAUUCAACCAGAAGUUCAAAGGAUUGGUAAAUAUAAAAGUGCUGGGGAUCAACUUACACGAAAAAGUAUGUCUGAAGAAAAUUGUGAGAUGCUGACUGCAAUUCUUGAUAACAUCUAUGGGAAUUGGCUGGAUAAAGUUUCUUCAACAAAAGGAAAGAAAAUAGAAGAUAUUGAGAACUUAAUUAAUGAAGGAGUCUACAAGGUAGAAAGGCUGAAAGAAGAGGGCUUGAUAACAAACACACACUAUGAUGAUGAGGUUAUCUCAAUGUUGAAAGAGAGAGUUGGAGCGCAAAAGGAUAAAGUUCUUCCUACAGUUGAUUACAAAAAAUACUCGCGAGUUAGGAACUGGACUCUUGGUUUAACAGGAGGCAGAGACCUAAUUGCUGUUAUCAGAGCCUCUGGUAGCAUUAGUCGUGUGCGGAGUCCAUUAAGCUUAUCUGGUUCUGGUAUCAUCGGGGAACAGUUCAUCGAGAAGAUUCGUCAAUUAGCAUGUAUAGAGUCGAAUAAAUAUAAAGCUGCUAUCAUCCGAAUUGACAGCCCUGGAGGUGAUGCCCUUGCAUCUGAUUUAAUGUGGAGGGAAAUCAGACUUCUGGCUGAUUCAAAACCUGUGAUUGCAUCAAUGUCUGAUGUAGCAGCAAGUGGAGGAUACUAUAUGGCAAUGGCAGCAGAUACCAUUGUUGCAGAAAAUUUGACCUUAACUGGAUCAAUCGGAGUUGUUACGGGGAAAUUUAACCUCGGAAAACUGUAUGAGAAGAUUGGCUUCAACAAGGAGAUCAUAUCAAGGGGUAAAUAUGCUGAGCUCCUUGCAGCAGAACAGCGACCUUUAAGAGCAGAUGAAGCUGAACUUUUUGCCAAGUCUGCUCAGAAUGCUUAUAAGCAAUUUCGAGACAAGGCAGCAUUUUCAAGAUCAAUGCCAGUGGAUAAGAUGGAAGACGUUGCACAAGGCAGAGUCUGGACAGGUCAAGAUGCAGCUUCACGAGGUUUAGUGGAUGCAAUUGGUGGGUUUUCUCGUGCUGUUGCUAUAGCAAAACAGAAGGCCAACAUACCCCAGGACAGACAGGUAACUCUGGUUGAACUAUCUAGACCCUCUCCCACGCUACCAGAGAUCUUAAGUGGAAUAGGAAGUUCCGUAGUUGGUGUAGAAAGAACUUUAAAAGAACUGCUACAAGACUUGGCAUUUUCCAAUGGAGUUCAUGCCCGGAUGGAUGGUAUUCUAUUCCAGAGACUGGAGGAGGCUUCUUAUGCAAAUCCUAUCUUAACCUUGAUAAAAGAUUGCCUUGGUUCUCUCUGA